UUCUCUUUCCCACCACAAAAUCCACUUUGGACUCCCAAAAAAAAUGUUAACCCAAGAGGAGUAAAGAAAAUGCAUCUAGCAGCAGCCCUCCCUAACAAGAAAAGCACAAAUCCAUACGCCCAAAUCCUUCCAUCCCUCACCUCAAGACCUCACCGGCCGGCCGCCCUGCUCAAAAGAUGAACACUCGCCAACAUAUAAAGCAGCACCGCAUCCACCAGCUGCAGCUCCAGUGAUCUAUCCGAUCCCCUCUAUAUCUACGCGUCUCCAAUCCCUGAUCUCCUUCCACCUCGCAACUGCCACCGGAUCUUUAGCACGCACUGCCGUUGCUGCAACAAAUCGGUCUUGGCAGCUAGCUAAUUGAUCAGCUUAUUAGGUUAAAGGCGGCCGGCCCAGCUCGAGAUGAGGGCCGGGGGGUGCACGGUGCAGCAGUCGCUGACGGCGGAGGCCGCGGCGGUGGUGAAGCAGGCGGUGAGCCUGGCGCGGCGGCGCGGGAACGCGCAGGUGACGCCGCUGCACGUGGCGAGCGCGAUGCUGGCGGCGCCCGCGGGGCUGCUGCGCGCGGCGUGCCUCCGCUCGCACUCCCACCCGCUCCAGUGCAAGGCGCUGGAGCUCUGCUUCAACGUCGCGCUCAACCGGCUCCCGGCCUCCGCCGCGGUCGCCUCGUCGCCGCUGCUCGGCGGCCACGGCCACGGCCACCACCACUACUACCCGCCGUCGCUGUCCAACGCGCUCGUCGCGGCGUUCAAGCGCGCGCAGGCGCACCAGCGCCGCGGCUCCGUGGACAGCCAGCAGCAGCCGGUGCUCGCGGUCAAGAUCGAGCUCGAGCAGCUCGUCGUCUCCAUCCUCGACGACCCCAGCGUCAGCCGCGUCAUGCGCGAGGCCGGCUUCUCCAGCACCCAGGUGAAGGCCAACGUGGAGCAGGCCGUGUGCAGCACCGCAACCACCGCGGCCACGGCCACCCCCAACAGCCAAAACCCUAACCCUAGCAGCACCGCCAGGACAAGCCCUGCCCACGAAGCCAAAGCCAAGCUCCCAGUCCACCAGGUGCGCGACGAUGACGUCGCGGCCAUCCUGGACUGCCUGGCCUCCCGGAGCAAGAGGAAGGUCGUCGUCGUCGCGGAGAGCGCGGCCGCGGCCGAGGCCAUGGCGCACGCGGCCGUGAACAAGAUCAAGAGAGCCGAGGCCGAGGCGAAGCACGACGCGCUGCGAGGCGCGCAGGUCGUCAGCCUCCGCGUGUCUUCGUUCCGGGACGUGCCGAGGGAGGAGGCGGAGAGGCGGCUCGGCGAGCUGCGGUGCCUCGUCAAGGGCAGGAGGCAGGUCCUGCUCGUCGUGGAGGACCUCAAGUGGGCGGCCGAGUUCUGGGCCGGCCACGUCCAGAGCGGGCGGAGAGGGUACUACUGCUCCGUCGAGCACGUCGUCACCGAGCUGCGCGCCCUGGCGUGCGGCGGCGAGCACCCCGCCGGCGGCCUCUGCUGGCUCCUCGGGUUCGGGACGUACCAGACCUACACGAAGUGCCGGGCGGGGCAGCCGUCGCUGGAGAGCCUGUGGGGGCUCCAGACGCUCACCGUCCCCGCCGGCAGCCUCGCGCUGAGCCUCACCUGCGCCUUCGACGACAGUGCUCUAGGCACGGUCAAUCAGUCCAUGAAAGCGGGCUCUGACACGGAUGGGAACGGACCGGCGUCUUGCUGGCCGCUUUUGGGCGGCAGCCAGCUGAUCUCCAGAUGCUGCGGCGAUUGCUCGGCCGCCAGGAUUGACGCGAAAGCACCAUUGCCGCGGCCGUUCGUCUCGCCGUCGUCGACCCUCCCUUCUUGGCUUCAGCAUUGCCGUGACCAGGAAGCUACACAUCUGACGGAUCUUGGCAAGACAUGGAGCUCCAUCUGCAGCAAGCCGUCGCAGCGGAUGACGCUGCACUUCUCCGCGCCGGUGUCCCCGGCCUCCUCCAUCUCUUCCUACGAGCACGGCGGCGACCACCACCUGCAGCCUCGCCGCUCGUGGCUCCUCGGCGGCCUCGACGCCACGCACCCGUGGAAGCCCAAGCGCGAGGCCAGCGGGAAGCCGGCCAGGUCCCACGACUCCGGCGCCUCGAACGGCUCCGUGGAGGUGGAGUGCCGCGCCAGGUUCAAGGAGCUCAGCGCCGAGAACCUGAAGCUGCUCUGCGCCGCGCUGGAGAAGGAGGUGCCCUGGCAGAAAGAGAUCGUCCCCGAGGUCGCGAGCACCGUGCUGCAGUGCCGGUCGGGGAUCGCGAAGCGGCGCGACAGGUCGAGGUCGGCGGACGCCAAGGAGGAGACGUGGAUGCUCUUCCUCGGAGGCGACGCCGAGGGCAAGGAGAGGGUGGCGAGGGGGAUCGCCAACCUCGUCUUCGGGUCACGCAACAACGUCGUAUCCAUCAGGCCCGGUGCCUCGUCAUCGCCGUCCGCCUCCGGCUCCUCCGAGGAGCACCGGAGUAAGCGGCCACGGACGCCUCCCGCCGGCGAGCCGGCGGCCUACCUAGAACGGCUAUACGAGGCUAUAUCCGAGAACCCGCACCGGGUCAUAUUCAUGGAGGACGUCGAGCAGGCUGGCCGGGACUGCCAGCUCGGCAUCAAGGAGGCGAUCGAGAGCGGGGUGGUGCGGAACCAUGCCGGCGACGAGGUCAGCGUCGGCGAUGCCGUCAUCAUCCUGAGCUGCGAGAGCAUCGACGACGCCAGGUCUAGAGCUUGCUCGCCGCCGAGCAAGAAGGUGAAGGUAGAGCUAGACGAGGCCAAGGAGGAGCGCACAGGCGACCAUGAACACAAGGAAGAUGGCACUUCCUCGUCGUCUCCAUCUUGCAUUGACUUGAACGUUAACGUGGAGAGUAGUGAUCAAGCGGGCGAGCACGGUUCCGGUGAUCUCUGUCUGCUCACGGCUGUCGACAGGACGCUGUUCUUCCGAAGGCAGGAGUAGUAGUGACGACAGUGUAUAUUGAAGAAUCCAUAUGUGCUUGUCAGGGGGAGCUUCUGAUUAGAACCUAGAUUAGUUGCAGGUCCUUUUGCUUAUUCUUGUUUUCUUUUCUUAGUUUAUGUUUUUUUAUCUGGUGAUCAUGGUAUUAGAGAAUUGGAUUUGGAUCAGUGGUGUAUUUGUGCUUCACUAAAGACAGAUUGGAGAUGUUGUAAAUUUUUAGGG